AAUACCAUACUGUCCUCCUCUUGUCGCAUAUUGAUCCAGCUAGCUAGCUGAUCGUUAGGUUUUGUGUCAGAAUGGUGUCUGUGGUGUGUAAAUGUUUGUCCGUAGUUUCUGGCUAAAGGUAUCUGGCAUUUGGGGGCUUUAAUGUUUGGUGCAGCUAAUCUAAAAACCAUCGGCAAAGCGGGAACCGGCUGGCACUUUCACCGGACGAUGGACGAGCUGGUCCAUGACCUGGUGUCAGCACUGGAGGAGAGCUCCGAGCAAGCAGCGCGUGGUGGUUUUGGUGAUGGAGGAGACCACGCACUGGCCGUGGGCUGCCUGCUGAAGAGGCAGGCUCGGAAGCGGAGGGGCAGAAAACGACGCUCGGACAACCCACACCCGCCUUGGGAGACAGGCCACCUCAGUGAGGGCUCAGAGUCUAGUGUGGAAGAACACAAGGACUACCGUGCCAGUACAGGGGGUGUCUCCGCUGCCAACAGCCAUGCCCGUGACAACAGUGACUCGGAUGAACAACUUGGCCCCAAACGCCGCACCCUCCUAACAGCUGACACAGGACGAAGCAAGCGGCCGCUUUGGCCAGACGACUUGGGUGUCCUGGGAUCCGCAGAGGGAACUCGCAGCCUUAGACGAAGACGUAAGGUCAAACGUAUGGCUGUAGACCCACCUGUAGAACCAGAACCCCCCUCCUGCACCAUGUUAGGGCCCCCACCUGUCCCGAAAGCCCGUGCUAGUGCCAGGCCGCAUAGACUGGGUGCUAGUGAGGGCAGGGUUGCCAUGGAACUCUGUGGAGGUGGACUGAUAGGGCCAGGGGGAGGAAAGAACAGGGUGAAGAAGAGGAAACUGGCUCCCCACAGGCUUGGCAUGGAGGCUACAGAUGAAGGGGUAGUGGUGGAGAGUGAGGACCACAUUUCUUCUCCAACGGAAGGGUCCAAGGACAAGAUGGAGUUGGAGGAGCAGAAGGGCUCGGAUGAGGACAUGAGUGACAGGUGUGAGACCAGCAGUGUCAGUAACAGCAGUGACGGAGGCCUCUACACCAACGAUGAGGGGAGGCAAGCCGAUGACGAGCAGAGCGACUGGUUCUAUGAGGGUGAGCCAGGCUCCGCCCCAGCACCCGGAGGUGCAUGUGCGAUAGCAGGAGUGGUUCCUUGGUGGGAGAGGGACAGGGGGUCAGAGGAGCUGGACCUAGUUGAUCCUGUCUUCAACAGCAUCAUCACUGGAUCCUUCCCCCUCAUGAGCCCUGGAGCACAGAGAGUGUUCCAGGCCCGACUGAGUCGUCUCCAUGGAAACCAGCAGGCGUCUCAGGCAGGCAGUUCCGGCCAAGGCUUCAACGACAGGCUGGGCAGACAAACCCAGGACUCCCAUGAGCCUUGGUUUAGCUCGGGCUCGAGGAGAGAACACGGACAGUUGCAUUGGGACCCACGGUCGGACAGAGGGCAUCGGAGAAGCUGUUCAGUAAAAACAGCCAGCAGACAGACCAGCGGGCACCUCGGCUCUCUGUGUACAGGGGAUGUCAAGCGGAGGCGAAAAGCUGCCCCCCUCGGUUCCACCGCCCCCUCAGGAGUGGUCGGGGAGAACGCGCCUCCCAUCCCUGACACAAACAUGGGGAGCCGCAUAUUACAGAGCAUGGGCUGGAACCCAGGGAUGGGCCUGGGUCCAGAGGGCAGGGGCAUCACCGAGCCAGUCCGGGCCACACAGAGACCCAAAGGCACGGGUCUGGGUUUCAACUGAACACCAACCGGAUUUCUGAAUCCUGAACCUGAAGUCAUGCUGGAACAAGACUCUCCAAGAGAUAGAAGUGAGGGAGAUGCUGCUGAGGGCAAUGAAAGAUUUAAAAAAAAAAAAAAAGAAAAACGGUCCAGAAUAAUCCAGGCAUCUGAGUCAUAAGAAGGGAAGGAAUGAGGCUUGUCCUAACAAUAGAAACUUUCCCAUAUUGGGGAAACGGCGAGAACCCUGGAAGACACACACACACACACACACACACACACACACACACACACACACGAAUGAUGUGGAAGUGAAUGAAACUGAGCAGAAGAAAAGACUUCUUGCAAACAUGUUCUCUCAAGAAAUGUUGGAGAAAGUAAAAGACAUUGAUGCCUCAUUGAUAGUUUGUGAAGCUGGCAUGCCGCCUCAGCCCUGUUACCUCAGACGCCAUUGUAAUUGGCUUGAAAACUGGGGAAAUCAUGACCAAAUGAAUGAGUUUGUUUUCAAUCAGCGGUAUUGGUUAAUGAAUUAACGAUAAAUGGUUUUGUCCGGUAUUGCACAAGAACUUAGGAAUCAAAGACUAUUUUAGUAGGCCAUACCUCAAGAUUAAUUUUAGGUUCUUUAAGGUAACGAAGGUAAGGGUACACUAUGCGGAUGUGUGUUGGAAUCUCUGGAUUUUUUUCCCCAUUUACUUAUUGUUCAUUUAUUGGAAGAAGUCAUCUCAUCAGAAUGUUUUUAUCUAUCAAAAAAAGAUUUAAAAAAAAAAAAAACAGAAUUUUCCCUUCAUUUAGCACCACGAUGUAUGCAUGUGUAGCUGUGGCUGCUGCAGGUUCUGCUGAUGUGUACUAAGAAAAAACACGUUGGGACGUGAAGUAAAGUCUUGCGAUGA